CACCGCCCCGUCGCACAUCUAUCGAGGGCCGAUUAUUGCUCAUUUUCAAAGCAUAAACAAAGAGAGUCCCUAGCAACCGGCCAUACCCACGAGUGUCAGCGGGACCGCAACGAGCGACCGCGACCGGUAAAGCACCUGAACCAGUCAGACACACAGCUACCCUCUGUAGUUGACAACGAGUGAGAGAGGCGAGGUGAUACGGCAAUGGCGGCCCCGGCUUAACAUGAGCAUGACUUCAAGUUAAGUUCGUUCAUCGUUAGAGCGGAAUUGAUACUGCCAUGGGUUCUGAGCUAGAUUCAGAAUGUGUGGACAUACUCCGCGGUCGACUGGGGGACCCGGGAUGUCCCCUUGUACCCACACGGGGGGUUCGACUUUACCUCUGUUCCACAGGCUCAGAUUCCCAGACCGAACGCAAUGCUUUUGUGGAGACAGUCUACCCAAAGAUUCGAGAGUAUUGCAGGAACAAGUAUGGAGUGGAAUUCCAGGUAGUUGACCUGGAGUGGGGUUUGCGACCUGACAUAGAUAAUGUGACUCCUGUGUCGGCAGAAUUCCGCCAAGGGGAGAUAACCCGAUGCCAGAAGCUUUCUUCUGGGCCGAGCUUCCUGGCAUUUGUUGGACAAAGGUAUGGCGCCUGUCCAUUGCAAGCAACCAUUCCGGCUUCUGAAUACGAAACAAUCCGAAUCGCUCUUCAGAACCACCGGAGCCGUGAGACUCGCAGCGCCCCCUUGCUUGACGAUUGGUACAUCAGGGACGAUAAUCACAUUCCACCUGUCUACGUGCUGAAACCCGCGUCUGAGGUCAUACACGAUAUCAGUAGUGAUGACGAGAACAAACGAUCGGCCGCCGAGAGCUUGAAGUUGGAGACUGAGGCCAAGAUAAGGCGUUUAUUGCAGAAGGGAGCAGAAUUCUGUUAUAGCGAAGGCUCGAUAGACAGUGACACUAAAACCAAAUACUUCAUGUCAGAACAAGAAAUUGAGAUGACAAUGGGGAUCUGCGACAGCGGUAAUCCCCAACAGCAGUGUCUCCUUGUCCUCAGGGACAUCAUCGACCUAAAAAAUUACAUUGGUGACGAGCGCACUCCAUGUUUCACCGACAUCAUCUACAACGACAAGAUUGACAAGCUGGAACUCGAUGCGGAAGCUGACCUGAAACUACAGCAAGUAAAGAAGCGAGCAAAGAAUCUAGUAUCUCCAAACAACGCAGUUUGUUUUGAUGUUUUGUGGCGGUAUGACGAUGUCAUCAACUCCAAGCUUCACAGGAAGUACCUCGAUGAGCUGUGUACCCAAGUUCAUGAUCGGCUAGUUCAGCUCAUUGACGAGACUGUUCCUAGAAGAAGAAUGGACUUUCCGGAACUAUGUCAUGAACCGCUGCUCCACCUCGAGCGAUGCAAGCAGCUCGGAGCUCACUUCUAUGGUAGACAGGACAUGCUGUCUCAGGUCCAGGCAUACCUUGUACAGCAAUCCUCAUUGCCUCUGAUCAUAUAUGGGGAAUCUGGAAGUGGUAAAACUAAACUCCUGUCCAGGAUUGCGCAAGAGAUUCCCAAAAUAUAUGGAGACAGUGGCAUCUUGAUUGUUCGGUAUGUGGGCUUCACCCAGGAGAGCUCAGAUCUUCGACAAAUACUUUCCAGCAUCUGUUCUCAGUUGUGUGCCAUCGUAAACAGAGACCAGACAUCAGACCCAAAGGAUCUUCCUGUCUACUUCGAGGACCUCCUUAACUCUGUUCCAAACUAUUUGUCGGUUGUGAUACUCCUGGAUGGAGUGGAACAAAUUCAACCUGACCAUAAUGCGCACCUAAUGUCAUGGAUUCCUGCAUCGUUGCCCGUUAAUGUCAAAAUGAUAAUUACAUGUCAGCCAAACUCCACCAAAAUCCUUGAAACAUUGAGAAGUGACAUUGUUCAAGACGACAGCGCAUUCAUGCAGCUUGAUAACCUCAGUGGCAAUGAGUGUGAGGGAUUAAUGAAUGAAAUCAUGGCAGCAUCUGGAAGGAAAAUAACACAAGAACAAUAUGAAGUCUACCAGGAGUCCUUUACAAAAUGUUCACUGCCAAUGUAUAUUCAUCUGCUGGCUGAAGAAGGGAAGACCCUUCAUAGCUUCCUUGGGACAGAUCCUAUUUCAAAGACUUCGGGAAUCUUGGAUGCAAUCAAUAUGUUUUUAAGCAAACUUGAAGAACGUCAUGGUAAAGUUUUUGUUUCCAGGUGCUUGGCUUUUAUGGCUGCCUCUGGGACAGGUCUAAGUGACUGUGAAAUGGAGGAUCUACUUUCUUUAGAUGAGGAUGCUCUGAACAGCGUCUACAUUGGCUACCACCCCGCAAUACGUCGAAUACCUCCUCAGAGGUGGAUGGAACUGAAACGCAAUCUGGAACAGUUUCUGAUAUACAGAAAUACAGACGAAGCAACAAUUUACAGCUGGAGCCACGAUCUGUUCCUCCAGGUGUGUCAAGCAAGAUAUUUAUGUGAAGAAUCUAUCAAAAGAAAAACGCAUUCAGUCCUUGCAGACUACUACCUAGGAACCUGGGCUGACACUCCAAAACCAGUGACAAAAGAUGACACGAAAAGUGACGUUAUUCUUCUGUCGUGUGGUGACAAAUCUGACAGGAGAGUUCCAACACAACCUUUGACAUUCACAAGCAACGGAAUAGGUGUGAAAUUUAACAAAAGAAAGUAUGACAAGGUUCCUCGCCAUCUUGAUUUAUCAGGAAGAGCUGACGAGUUCAAGACACUAGUUCUCUUCAACUAUGAAUGGUUAUAUAACAAGAUUAAAGCUCUGUCGUUGCAGCAUAUAAUGACAGACUUUUCUCUGAGUCCUGCAUCAGAAGCUUCGCUUGUUGAAGGAGCAUUGCGGGUGGCUGAGCCAACACUAAAUCGAGACAUCAACAAUCUACCUGCAGAAAUCACUGGUCGCCUUCUGCCAUAUUACUCCACACAUGCAAAUGUUCGAGAGCUUGUCAAGCAGUGCGAUACAACUGGUCUCGACCACUGUGCCCUCAUACCCAACUUCCCAUACUUGCAAGUUCCCGGUAGCUCACUUCAAUUUACCAUGGAAUGCCCUGUGUCCAGUGAGUAUUUUGGCUUUACAAACGAUGACAGAUUCCUAUUUACAAAGGAAAAGGACAGUUCAUACAUCUAUAUGUUUGAUCUUUUGAAUGGUGAACUGAAAAAUAGAGUCUUUACUUCAAAUGGAGACUUUUUGGUCACACCAGACGGAAAGUAUUUCGUCAUCGUCGAUCAUGCCACAGAAAAGGCAAUCAAGUUUCAUGAAGCAGAUAGUGGAUCAUUCCUUGGACAGAUAAUUAUUCUGAAUCAUAUUGAGAUGAAACCCACUGAAACAUACAAGAAAGGGCCAAUGUGCAUCACAAAUGACAGACUCUGUGCCAUAGUGACAACAGAUACAAGCUUUCUGUGUAUAGCGGACGUGCCAUCUUGCAAACUAUUGCAAAUUGUAGCUUUGGAUGGGAAAUCCACAAUAUGCGAAAUCUCCCCAGAUGGAAAAUAUGUGUUCUGCAGUUCAGACGAAUAUCUGCUAUCCUACGACCUGGACUCACUGGAUCUUCUGUGUACUUUGUCAAUUGGCUAUAAACCCAGUUCCUUCACAUUUAGCCAUGAUGGAUACAGAGCUUUCUUGUCCAAUUCUGUAGAAUCAAAACUGUAUACGCUGCACAUCAGUUAUGGUGUGGUGGAUAUGAGCUACAAAGGACUCCUAGAUGAAGUUCUGCAAGAUGAUACUAUUCUUGAUCUCAAGGUAUCCCCUGAUGAUGAGUUUGUCCUUGUUCGUGGGGACAGGAUUCUGGUCGUUCACGAUCGAGCUACCGAGAGUGUGUGUGCAAAGCUGGAGAGACCCAGUGACAUCCCAGAAGAGUUCAGGCUACCAAAGAGUCACUACGUUGAACUCAACUUCACGAAAGCUGAAUUCUCUAGCGACAGCAAGUAUGUUAUUGGUACCAUAUUCCGGAAUGUGUACGUUUGGCAAAUUGAAACACAGAGUGUUGUAACCAGCCUUCAGGCCCCUAUCGGAAUCAUCACAUCCCUUUUGGUUACUAAAAACAGAAACCAGGUUGUCACACAGCUCCAAGGACACAAGACAAUACAGGUGUGGAACAUAGAGGAAGCUGUUAACAAGGUGGACAUGCUUGACAAAGUCACUGGCCCCAUCCAACAGGUCCUGUUGACGAAGGAUGGUUCUGUAGCAAUUGUUCAGUGUGAGGAGAGUGAUGCCAUAGGCAUGAUAGACAUGAAGACUGGGACAAUGCUUGAUCUCCUUACCCAUGACUCAGAUGUCAAGGAUAUGGCCAUCACACCAGCUGGGGAUUAUCUCUUGCUUACUGUUGUCCCCAAAAUGAGUGAAACCUCAACGCGGAUUUGGGACAUGACUGAGAGAAGGGUUAUAAAGGAAUUUGGUAAUGCUCCUGGAUACUGCGUUUGUCUGAAUGAGAAAAACAUCAUCAUCUUCGUUGGACAGAAAGAAGUUACUUUCCGAGCCCCAUACUACAUUACAGUAAUGCAGUUUGCAGCAGGAGCAUUUGCAGAAGAGGAGCAUGCACAAGCUUUGAAAUUUGUUCUCAAAAAGCCCUUUGUAACAAGAAGUGAUCGCUACCUGGUUGCUCUUACUGCAAAGGACUAUCUUGAAAACUCGGGUGUGUAUGAUACACCGACCAUAUGCAUCUUUGACUUAAACAAGGACAUGAGAUUAGCAUGCUACACGCUUGAGAGUCUAGGACUGGUGGACAAUGAGGACGACAUCAUUGACCUCAGACCAUGUCCUUGCAUGGAGAACUGGAUUGCAGUCAUCUACUCCACCAAUGCGCCUGACGUCUGUCACGAUGGUAUUGAGAAUGGGUAUCUGAACAACCCACCUCACUAUGGUUUCCUCCUCUUUGAAGUCGGAAAUGGAUGGGUUAUCAGAAAGAUCGAGCCUUUUCUCGACUCAGCAGUUGAUAUACAAGAUGUUCUGUUUGCAAACGACUUCACUUUCUGCUUGGACAAAGAAUCACGUAUAUUUGACCUGAUGAGCGGCGAUUACACAAGCCAGAUUCUAAACCCUCCUUCAGUGCCUAAAGCCCUUUUAUUAGAUGGUUAUGUCGUAGUGUACUUUAAAGGAUCAAUGAUAUACGCAAUACGUAUUUGUGACAGUCAGGUCAUUGCCCAGUGUGAGGUCCACGCUACUAUUUGCUCCUUGACACUAUGCAAGGAUGACAGAACAUUGAUCGUUGGUUGUACAGAUGGAACAGUUGUCUCGUACGUCCUCAUAGAUCCAGCCGUGGAAAACCCUCAGCUCGUUCUGGCUAGAGUAAGCAGUAGGCAGCUGCCCAAAUCUCCAACACCUGCUGUGGAUGGAAAAGCAUCACGAUCCUGGGAUAAAAUCGACCAGUUCAGCUUCCGCAGCUACUCUCGUCCACCUUCUGUGGUGAGCUUAGGCCCCAGGGAAAAAGAACUACUGAAGAAGGUCCAACAUGUGCCAAGGGAACGACCCAAAUCUGACACUCAGAUGCAUUCAAAAUCUGCUGCUUGUUCAGUGAUGUGACAUUGGUGAAGACUGAAUCGAACUUCGUCAUCAUAAUACAUGGACGCUGAAAAGAUUAUUACUGAAUGAAUGUUCGGAACAGUGCUUGUUGGUAUCAUUGAAGUGGCAAACGGCUACACCCAACAUCCCCUAGACGUUCUUCACGCAUUAACCUUCCAUGCUUUGAUAUUACUGAAAUACUGUUCAAACAUAAGUGAAACCAAAGACAUAGGACAAUCUAUACUCAUGCCAAUAAUGGUUGUCACCCCCUUCCCCACCCAAACCCCCCACACCCCUCUCCAACAAAAAAUAUUGAAGGGGGUGACAACUAUUAUUGGCAUGAGUAUAUAAUGCAUAGUAGAGGAAUCUGCGUUUUUGGACACUAAUUAUGGGAUGUUAUAAAAAUUACUACAUCUUUGGAUAACAGAAGAACAUAUAUCAGUUCAUGAUAGGUGGCUCAUUAAGGUACAAAGCGUUCAAUACAGCCUAUCAAACAGAGCAAUACAAAAAUGCAACAUAUACUGAGAGAAACAAAUACAGGAACACAGGACAUUCAGUGUUCCUUUCAGAUUUUCCAGUUUUAAUCACCGGCUUUAGCGAUGUUGGAGAAAAUCUGGGAAUAAAUAAAGGAACACUCCCAUGAAGUGGUGUUCCCUUAUCUGAUUCCCUCAGUAUAUAUAACAUGAAUGUAUGAGGAAACAAACGAUUUUUGACAGGAAGUUGAACAGUCUUGUUCUACAAUGUAAAUAGCUGUACAUGACACUCAUAGAUAGAAUGGCACACCCUAUGCAAUAUUAUAUAUGCAAUAGUCAGUCGCAAUAAGUGCACCUCAGUUUUAUCCUGCAUAGUCAUGUGUAAGUGUCCUUAUUAUCAAUAGAAUGAGGUCAGUUUGGAAGUUUGUUUGCACCUCCAGAUAGGAUUCGAUGAAUGCUCACGGGUCAACUUGUACAAAACGGUCUUAGCGCUUAGCUAGCUCAAACUCCCGAUAUUUGUCAUAGACUUUCAACAGUUGUAGCACUGAAAAGUUUUGUACAAGUGGACCCAUGACAGAUUGAAAGUAUUUAACAUUUAUGAGGCUGAUUUUAGGAAUGCUUUAUUCUCAUAAUGUUAUGACCCGUUUCAUACAUGAACAUGAUACAGCAAGAAUAGUAUGUGUGUACAGUCAUCGUUCAUAUAAAUUAGUACUACUCACGAUGUGGUGAUCAUUAUAUAUAACCAAAUGAAGUGAAAAACGCUUCCAGUCUGAAAUAAAGUUUGAUGUAUUCUUAGGUAUUUUUAAAGCAAUCUGUAAAUAUGUACAUUAUGUUUGUGUCAGGCUGUAAAUACUAUCAGUCAAAGAAAUAGAAAUACCAUCUACAUCAGUCAAUGAUGAUUGAGGAAUUUAUGUAAUGUAAGGCUACUGGAAAUGAUUGCGUCUACACCUACAUGAGUUGUCUCCCUUUGUAUUAAAAAAAUGUCCAUGUUGAUGUCAGGGACACCUGAGGUGAGAUUUGUGUUAAGGACAAAUUGUCUUCUACCAAGGACGAUGUCUCAUGCUGAGAUACGGGUUUAGAGAACUGAUAUAGACAUAAUACUUUUAAGUUAUUUGGUGUGAUGUGUUAUAGCCAUCAUUCUGUGAUAUAUCUAUAGUGCUUUCAGCCAUAUACAGUUCUCUUAAUGCUUUUGUUAUUUAUGAUUGACACCUUUUGGAAAUAAAUUCUAUCUAGAA